AUGGCCCAGAAAUUUGACUUCGGCUUAUCGUCUGCAGUCAAUGUUUCCCAUCGCUUUCAAAACCCCAAUCAUCUCCGAGAAAUUCUCAAAUGGAACUUGGACUCGUUGGUUUUGAAUCAGCAUCCGUACAAACCAUUCAAGACAUUUUCUCUUAAUGAUUUGUUGGUUACAAACGCUAACGCAUUGGAACUUCAUGACGUGACACUCUACGUCAGAGACCUGAACCGCUUCUUCAAGUUGUGGAUGAAGAAAAUGUUUAAUCCUCGACUGGAAUAUUUGCACGUGAGAACAUCCGACGGCAAUGUCAACAAGGAUAUCCUUCUAGAAGGGCUCAACGCUGUUCAAGUUUCUCAUGAGACAAAAAGAACAUUCCGGGUUUUGGGAAACGUAAAACAACAGUAUUCGUGGGAGAAGAUUGCCGCCGAAUUUGAUAUAACAAGAGCCGACGGAAGAACAGCAACAAUCAGAUUUGGAGAAUCCCAUAGAAUGGAAUCUAUUUACUUCUACGUUUGGCCAGGAUCUACUAAUGAUCAAUCUCUUCUCGUUUCUCUAUUCAUGUCUGAAUCCAGCAUCGCCUCGUUUUGUUCUGUCUCGUUUUGUCCAGCCUAA